AUCUGAUAAAAUAGUUGAUAUCAAAGAAGAAGAGUUUGAACAAUUGAGAGAUAAUCUAACUAGGGAUUUAAAAUGUAAUAUGCCAGAUCAAUUUUUAAAAUUUAAUUUUUCUAAACAUAGCAUGAAUAUUAAUGCGAGCAUAAGAUUUAACAACAAGAUUCUUUUCAAAAGCAUUUUUACCAAUGUCAUGAGACUAUUUAGAUUGUUUUCAAACUUUAUUGAUUGCAAUCAUGGUAUUAUUGUGUUAGAUAUGGAUAUGACAAUUGAUUUUCUAGAAUACAACAAUAACAAUCUACAAAAUUUAAUAAACAAAAAUUGGAAUGGUUAUAUUGAAAAAGAUUGGGGCGUAAUGUUUUCCAAAGAUUAUAUGUGGGCAGAAUGUAAAUUGAAUAAUUAUUCGACAUUCUUUUUUUUAAUUGGUAACCAAUUAUUUAAUUUUGGUUGUUACACAUUUUGUAAAAUUAAAGAAUUUAAACAUGAGAUUAAUAAGCAUAAUAAUAACGAGAUCGUAACAAUAGUGUUAAAAUUAUUUUGCACAACCGUAAAUAUUUCAAUUGUAAGAGAUAUGUCCAAAAGUAGAAUUUAUUUACACGCUCCUAUUGAGGAUAAAAUGAAACUUAGUGUGGAAAAGUUCGUUGAAGUCAAAAUUUCUGUUAAAAUUAUUAAAAAUAAUAUAAUUAUUUUUGAGGAUGAAUCAAAAAAUGGUGAUUUUGAAAUG